UACAUAGAAUGUUUCAAUGUUUCACUCCCAAACUAUAAAUAAAACUGCAAUUCAAAAAUCUGUUGGUUUCUGUAUUUUACAUGGGCACAAACAAGGCCUCAAUCCUGUACCGUCUUCUCAACGUUAAGAUCACUACCACUAAUCCACCGCGACAGGCUGAAGUUAAGGCUUUAACCACCACAAUCACCAAUCACAUCCGCUCUGGUAGCCUUGGAAAGGCCGUCUCCAUCCUCUUUGCCGCCCCAUUACCCUUUCCAUCUUCUCUCUACGCUCAUCUCUUCAGAACCUGCGCCUCAAACAAAGCCGCUGUCGAGCUCCGGAAAGUGGAGUCCCACUUGGUCACCUUCUCCCCAAAUCCGCCACUGUUUUUGCUCAACAGAGCUAUAGAAGCUUACGGAAAAUGCGCCUGCUUGAGGGAUGCCCAAGAGGUGUUUGACGAAUUGCCUCAACGAGACGGCGGGUCUUGGAAUGCGAUGAUUACUGCUUAUUCGCAAAAUGGGUAUGCCGAGAGGGCGUUGGAAAUGUUUCUGUGCAUGCGUAAGUCAGGGGUUUCUGCUAGUGAGAUCACAUUUGCAAGUGUUCUUGUGUCCUGUGCUUCUCUCUUGAAUGUUUGGAUUUUGAGACAAGUGCAUGCUCUCAUUGUGAAGUUUGGCUUCUCUGGAAAUGUAAUUCUGGAAACUUCACUCGUGGAUGCGUAUGGGAAAUGCCAGGAGAUGGAUGAUGCUAGGAGGAUGUUUGAUGAAAUUGAGAAUCCAAAUAAUGUUUCAUGGAAUGUAAUCAUCAGAAGGUAUCUUGACAUGGGUGUUGGAAAGGAUGUCCUGUUUCUGUUUUCAGAGUUGGUGAGGGCAAAUGUUGUGCCUCUGACAUUUACUGUAUCAAAUGCUCUUGUUGCCUGCUUGACCAUUGGUGGGCUCACAGAAGGGCUUCAAAUUCAUGGAUUUUCUAUUAAGAUUAAUGCUGAGAUGGAUAAGGUGGUUUCAAGUUCUCUUAUUGAUUUAUAUAGGAAAUGUGGGGAUUUGGUAAGUGCACGGAGGAUUUUUGACUUGAUCUGUUCAAAAGAUUUGAUUCAUUGGACUUCAAUGGUGUCAGGGUAUGCAACGGAUGGGAAAACAAGGGAGGCAAGGGACCUCUUCAACGAGAUGCCGGAAAAGACUGUGAUCUCAUGGAAUGCAAUGCUUGCAGGCUAUGUGCAUAAUAGUGAAUGUGAUGAAGCUUUACAGCUUAUCUUUCUGAUGUGCAAACAGACCAGGUACAUUGAUCAUGUUACUCUUGGAUUGAUCCUCAAUGUGUCUGCUGCCCUUUCAGAUAUUGAAUUGGGGAAACAGGUUCAUGGAUUCAUGUAUAGACAUGAACUCCACUCCAAUUUGUUUGUCGCCAAUGCGCUUCUUGACGUGUAUGGAAAAUGUGGGCACUUGAGAAAGACUAGAGUAUUGUUUCAUGAAAUGAGCCAAUGGCGGGAUGCAGUUUCUUGGAAUGCUUUAUUAACUAGCUAUAAUUUCCAUAGGAUGGGAGACGCAACAAUGAUGAAUUUCUCAAACAUGCUAGGAGGGACAAUACCAAGUAAAUAUACUUUUGGAACCCUCUUGGCUGCUUGUGCAAAUACUUUUGCUCUGAAACCAGGCAAACAAAUCCAUGGAUACAUUAUUAGAAAUGAUUAUGAGAUGGAUAUUGUGAUUAAUGGAGCAUUGGUUAACAUGUACUCCAAAUGUGGUUGUGUUGACUAUGCUCUUUAUAUUUUUGCCGCAGCACCUCAAAAGGAUUUGUUUCUCUGGAACUCUUUGAUGCUAGCAUGUUAUCAUAAUAGGAGGAGUGAUUACGUGUUUGAAUUAUUUGAGUUAAUGAAGGAGACGGGAAUUAGUCCAGACAGUACUACCUUCCAAGCUAUAUUUCUUGUGUGCAUUCGUGAGGGUCAUGUACAGUUAGGUAGACAAUAUUUUGAUUUAAUGAGUGAUAAAUAUUGGAUUACCCCUUGGUUGGAGCAUUAUGAAUCCAUGAUUGAACUGUUUGGUCAGCAUGGAUACUUUGAUGAGCUUGAGGAUUUCAUGAAGAAGUUGCCUUUUUCUCCCACCAUACAGAUGUUAGAGAGAGUUGUUCACUUUUGUAGAGAGCAAAGGAACCUCAAGUUGGAAAGUUGGGCUAUUAAUCAACGCAACCAAAUUUUCAGCAAAAAUUGUUCUGAAAUUGCAGAGUGAGCAUAAUUAUACUUUGCUGGCAAAGCUUCUUGUGGUAGUGAGAAAUGCUGAAUCAAUAGUGAGCAUGAGGGAGGUAAAGGAAGCAUCUGCAUCUCUGCUUGGAUUGUCGCAUUUGAAGGUGCAAGGAUCUGCAAUUUGGAGCGGGCCAAGCAAAUCCCGAAUUCUUGACAUAAAUGAUUGAUUUUGUUCUUAUCAUUAUAUAUAUGAUGACUUGGGGGCAAGAAUGCUUUUGCAUAUAAUCAUACUCUCAUAGCAUGCCCAUGUAAUCCAGAUUCACCUAUUAUCAACUGGAUUUCUUCUCAGAUCACCCGUGAAUAUGUUUUGUUUGAACAUGAAAAAUAUGGUUAACCAUGAGAUAGAUGGUAGAAAUGUUCACACCUUAGAGUUGGAAAGUUUGGCACUUGGCAGGUAUGCAUAUUAAGAUGUACUUUCUGCCUAUGUUGCUUUCCGUGCUAUACUUGGAAAUUUUUGGUGAAUGAGUUAAUAUGGUGGGUUGGGUGGGGAAUGGACCUUUAGCCCACAUGAUUUUGUACUAUAUAUUACUCAAUUGUAUAUGUACUGAUGAUAUGUCCAUUCUUUGGAUUUUGGACGGUCCAACA